AUGGCGAGGUCCAGGGCUGGAACAGGGAACUUUCCCAAAGAGCCUCACUCUGUGUCCCUCAAAGUUCUAAGGCUCUCGCGACCAUCACUAGCCCAACAGCACCCGUUACCGCGCGAGAGCGAGACCAAGAUACCGCAUACAGCCUCUUCGGCAUAUCCAAGCGAUGGCACUGACCAAGAGUUCAUCCUUUCAACCAAUCUAGGGCUUCCGCCUUCAUUUGGCUCUGCACAUGUAGGCGAGACUUUCUCGUGCGCACUCUGUGCAAACAAUGAACUCCCCCCAGGAAGGACUUUCAAAUCGGUGUCCGGCAUCCGGAUCAUCGCGGAAAUGCAGACUCCAUCUCAAUCUCUCCCAUUGGAACUUCAUGCUGCUGAUGUCGAGGAGGACCGCAUAGACCCUGACCGAUCACUGCAGAGAAUCAUCCAGUUCGACCUGAAGGAAGAGGGCAAUCAUGUCCUUGCUAUCAACGUUUCGUACACAGAAACAACGUCUGGCGAUGGCCAGGCGACCAGCGGAAAGGUACGGUCAUUUCGAAAGCUGUAUCAGUUCGUUGCUCAGCCAUGUCUGAGCGUGCGGACAAAAGCGACGGAGCUGCCAUCAAUCGAAGUUGCUGAUAAAAGUCACCGUCCCUAUGGAAGAACAGUUUUAGCUCGGUAUGUGCUGGAAGCACAACUCGAAAAUGUGUCUGACAGUUCGAUUGUGCUUGAAGAGGCACGGCUUCAGACCAAGGCACCCUUCAAAGCCACGUCCCUCAACUGGGAUGCGGAAAGAGAUGCUGGAGUCGAUCUCGAACGUCCCUUUGUGAAUAUGCGAGACAUUAUCCAGGUAGCUUUCCUUGUGGAGCAAGAACAAGACGUAUCUGAAGGGCUUGAGGAGUUACGGUCCAGUAUGAGAAGAGAUGGCAGGGCAGUGCUAGGUCAACUAGCUAUCCAAUGGCGGACAUCCAUGGGCGAACGAGGUGCUUUGAGCACCGGAAAUCUUUUGACGAGGAGGAAGGUGUCGUAA